GUGGUAUCCAAAUAAAUAACGAACUAACAGGUCAGUGUGUCAGCUGCUGAGCUGGUUAGUAACCCAGUUAUGAAUCAACUAAAUAGUCAGUUUGUAAGCUGACUAAGAUGAGGAAGCCUAACCAACCAACCAUGUUAUGUAUUUUUAUAACAUAGACAUAUUGUCUCAAAAGUCCUGUUUAUUAAUGGAUAUGAGCAUAACAAAUAUAUAUCACCUGCAUAAAAGGUUAGUGUCAAACACAUAGCUUGAGGACAGUAUAGUCAAGGGUAGUUCAAAGUACACUGGAUCCUUUAUCUUAAGGACUUUCUCCUGUAGAAAAGUGUUCAGCACCUGGUAAACCUAAAGUAUUCUCUGAAAUGUGAAACACUUUUUACUGGUGGCAAGUGCAAUUUAGGUAUAGUUGAACUGACAUGUGCUAAGUAUUCUCAUUUUAUUCUUUCUUUUUAUGAUUUAAUCAAUGCUGGUUUGUCUACUAUUGUUUUGUUGUAAGAGAUGAUAAACAUAGAUUGAUUGUCUUUUCACACCCCUCAGCACAAGCUUAAAGAUUAAUCAGACAGAUAAGAUAUACAUAUCAGUGUAUUUCAAGCGAGGUUCAUGCAUAACUCACAUUGCACCUUGAAGAGGAGCCACUGCAACCUCAACAUAACAAUAUGAGCAAUUUUGGACAAAUCCUGAAGGAGGUUGGGGAGUUUGAUUUGUUUCAGAAACGAUUGCUGGUCGCUUUAUGCUUACCUGUCAUAUUUGGAGCUUUUGACUCUAUUGGUCAGGUAUUUAUGGGAAUUAGUUUUCCUCAUCACUGUAACACUGACUGGAUCUUGGAGCGAGGAUUUAACCUGACACAAGAGAGACAGAGAAAUCUCACCCUGCCAGUGAACAAGGAUGGGGGGUAUGAAAGCUGCAAAAUGUUCACACGUGUGGAUUUGGAUUUGGAAACCAUUGAAGAAUAUGGGAUUAACAGUACAACAGGAUGCAUAGAUGGAUGGGACUAUGAGGCACCGACAGGUUCUUCCAGCAUUGUCACAGAGUUUGAUUUGGUGUGUGAUCAGAGGGGUUUGAUUGCGGUAUCACAGUCCAUCUCCAUGGCUGGUGUUCUGGUUGGAGCACUGACAUAUGGGGCGAUUUCUGACAGGUUUGGUCGGCGCUUUGCAAUUCUGCUGACACUCAGUGCCCUUCUGUGUUUUGGUGUUAGUGUCGCUUUCUCCCCCAAUAUUUAUGUUUAUAUGGUUCUCAAAUUUUUUUCUGGGACUUCAAGUGUUGUCAUUUCAAUGCUUUCUUCCGUAAUGGCACUGGAAUGGACAGAUCCCUCUAAGGCCACCUUUUGCAUGAAGUUGGUCAUAUCAUUCUUUGCUGUUGGACUGAUGUUGCUGUCCGGCAUUGCAUACUUCAUCCGAAACUGGCGAAUCUUGCAGCUGGUGCUCUUCAGCCCCCUUCUCCUGACUGUUGGAUUCUUAUACUGGUGUCUUCCAGAGUCAGCUCGCUGGCUCACGACCCAGGGCAGGAAAGAGGAGGCACUGAAGGUGCUUGAGAGAGCAGCCAGGGUGAACAAGAGGAAGGUUCCAAAAGAUUUGAUUGACACGCUAGUUAUAGAGGGUUCAUCUGAAAGAAGAAACAUGUUGGACAUCUUUCGAAUACCAUACUUGAGAAAACGUACCAUGAUAAUGGGCUUUAACUGGUUUUCAGCAAGUCUUCUGUACUAUGGACUGAGCCUGAAUGUUGGAGGCUUUGGCUUGAAUAUCUACCUCACUCAGUUCAUCUUUGGUUUUGUGGAAAUUCCUGCCAAUAUGAGCGCUUUGGCACUUCAACAGCUCUUUGGAAGGAAAAUCUGUCAAACUGGCUUCCUGAUUUUGGGGGGAGUUGUUUGCCUUGUGAUCCUUGCUAUUCCAAAUGAUCUUCCUGUGGUGGUAACAGUCAUUGCCUUACUUGGGAAAUUUUCUGCAACUGCCUCAUUCAGCACAGCUUACAUUUACACUGCAGAAUUAUACCCAACUGUUUUAAGGCAGAGUGGUGUUGGUCUAAACUCCAUGUGUGCUCGAGUGGGAGGCAUCCUUGCUCCACUGAUCAGACUUCUAGACAUGUUCCACUAUACCAUCCCCAUGGUAAUAUAUGGCGUCAUACCAAUAGCUGCUGGGGGUUUCUCUUGGUUUUUGCCUGAAACCCUCAACGUUCAACUUCAGGACCAUGCCGAGGAAAAGUGA